AUGAAUAGUACCUCUCUUGAGUGUAUGAGAGACAGAAAAAGACAAGAAAGAGUUGUGAAAAGUAAGAAUAAUGUGCAGAGGUUAGUAAGAUUAGGGUAUCAUGCAGAUAAACUGAAUUUGAAAAGAGACAAGUUGAACAAUUCCAAGAGAAAAAAGAAAAAGGCCAAGAGGAUUGAUAAGGCGGAAGCUAGAAUAUACAAAAAGAUUAAGAACCUAAGGAACGAACUUCAUCAAAAGAAAGAUCAAGUUCAGUAUCAUGAGAAGCAUGUUGACCUGGUUAUAUGGAUUAUUCCAACAGAAUCUGAUAUACAAAGCCAAAGAAAUCAGUCUAAAAGUUAUCAUCUAAGACAAGAU